UAUUGGAGGUGGUGGCGGCGGGGGAGCACAUUCAUCUGCUGGUGAGCGUCCACGCACUCACACUCACGGAGGUGUAGUAGCUGCUUACGGAGGAAAAGUGUAUCGCACGUCUUCACUGACAGAAGUUUUCAUGGGAAGUGGCGGUGGAGGCGGAGCCAGAGAUCAAGACUGUUGCGCUUUACCGGGAGGUGGAGGAAACGGUGGUGGUAUUGUAGAGAUAUUUACUCCUGCAUUCAUUGGAUCGGGAGGAAGGAUUAGUUCGUGUGGAGCUAAAGGGCAAGAUGCCGGCCACAACAUUGAAGUCAAGGGUGGAGCGCAAGGCGGUGGGGGCGGAGGAGCCGGUGGAUCAAUUCUGUUAGUUACCAAUUUUGCUGGUGUUCCUACUAAUGGAUCUGUAAGUAUAGACGUAAGAGGAGGAGUUGGAGGAAAAGAAUCAGAUCCAAGUUAUUACGCACCUGGCGGGAAAGGAUCAUCUGGACGAUUCACGUGGCACAAACUGCAGAUGUCUGAAAGCGGACCACUGUCUGUACACUAAAAUAUUUUAUCCAUUGCACUAGACUGCAUGGACAGGCACAGCAAAACUUGCGUUUCAGUGCCGUGUGGUGAUGACGAUUAAUAAGUAAAUAGUUGCUUAGUUCGAAAAGUGAAAAUGUCUGUUAAUUGAAUAAAUUC